AUGGACAACUCGCGCAACAACAGCACAAGCCAUCUUGCUCCUAGCCUACCAUUUUCCUACAUGUAUGGCGAGGCAGAGCACUAUCAUGACUCGCCCAGCACUUCCUCGUCCACGAGUCCUGUCGAUUCCGGGUACGACAUACAGUACAGCGGGUACUACGCUUCAGAAAACUUCAAUCCUUCUGCCGACACGGCGUCUGCGGAAAACCAAGAGAAUGCCCCAAAGGCAAAGCGGAAGCGAGAGAACCGAUACAAGAACGCUCCGCCGUCAGUCCUUUCGCGCCGUCGAGCUCAGAAUAGGGCCUCGCAACGAGCAUACAGAGAACGCAAGGACCAGCGCAUCAAGGAUCUCGAGGUGCUACUCAACGAGGCUCAGCAGAAGAACGACGUGCUCAGUCAGGCAUACGCCAACCUGCAAGCAGAGUAUGUCAAACUCAAAAGCGACCAGGAUACCACACUGCAAUACCAACAUGAGCCGCUUGCAUACGACCCGUCUGUCAGCCAGCCGAAUGCUGCCAUGAACCUCUAUAUGUUCUCAGAUACCGUAGAGUAUGCUCACGGCGCGGCGCCGGAUGGCUGGUCUUGA